UCAGGCGCCGCCCAGUCACCCAGGGGAGAGGCCCUUGAUCGCCCGUACAACACGCUGCCGCCGGAUUCGUUCUUCCAGUAGGAGAGAAAGUCGAAUUAACGGGUUUAUAAACUAUAUCGACUACCCUUCGGCAUCGACCCUGCACGUCCUGUGAGCUGAUAUUACAAGCCUCCGUCAUGAUCAUCUACUUCUACGACCGUGGUGUGCGGUACGACAUCGAGGUCCAGGAAUGGACCAAGAUCAAAGACCUGAAGCGGAAGAUCGCUUCGAAGGGGAUUUCUGAAUUAGAUUACACUCUUGAACACAAAGGCAGGUGUCUGGACGACGAGAAGACGAUCCUCCACUAUGGAAUAAAAGACGGAGAUACAGUGCGGUUUCCCGUGCCUUGUCGGAAGACACUUGGCAUCAGUGGAAACCUUCUCACACUGGCUAGAAACUCGGGAAGUGUUACCAAGAUGGUCGUCGACGAGGAGAGCUCCGUGCGCCAGGUCAAGGAGGAGGCGGCGAGGGACGCGGGCGUGAGCGCGAGCAAGGUGCAACUCCGUGCAGGAGGCGCCGAGAUGCAAGGACGACCGGAGGCUGAAUGACUAUGGCCUUACCGGCGACGCUGUAGUGUGGAUGGAGGUCGAGGGAGAGGAGGAGGGACGCGCUGGAGGGAGCCAGAGGCGCGAGGCCGGCUGCUGCAGCAUCUGCGCAGUUAUGUAAUGUCAUGCUGGGCGGUUUCUAAUGCUGAAAAUACUGGUUGCAGUGUGUAUGGAGCCCCUUCCGCCAACCACGCGAAUCGGAGCCGAAGCGGAAUUGGUUGAACGGCGUCGCUUCGGGAGCUGAUCAAGCGGAGUUUUUUUUUUUUUUUUUUUUUGUCUAUUUGUUAUAAUUGUGUUGACAGAAAUAAUAAG